AUGGAAGGACACCACCCCGAGCAUCUCCAGGAUUGUGUGUGGACCAUCCGUUUGCCUGAACACCUUGAAUGGAGUAUCUGAGUUAAAGGGAGCUGCCUGCCGUUUACUCGAAGAGUGAGUGACAGACAGACUGUGUGCCUGAAGAGCUGCGAUCUCAAAGCUUUCAUGCCGGCUGCAUAGGAGUUUAACCUGGAGACUUGCCGCGGGUCUUAAAAGCCGGAUGAAGUAGCGGACUCUGGAUACUUGCUAGAUUUGUUCCUACUCUGAAGUGUACUGGCUGUGGACGGACUGGAGUGUGUGUGCUGAGAGGACUAAAGUGUGUGUGUAUGUGCUGUGUGGAAUGACAGGAUCAGAACUCUGGGUACUCUGACAGGACAGGGUCAGGGGUUGUAGUAGAGUUGAUAUAGGUUAACAAACCAUAUUGGUUGUAAUAUAGAUUGUUUUGUAUUAGUCAGUUGUAGGAUUUGAUAUCUCUGUAUUGAUGAGUUAUAUCUACUGUAUCUAUUAUGUCAUUUAGGCACAGAAAAACAUUGAUUCUCAAGAUUGGCCUGGGAGCAGAGUGCCCUAUUUAAAUAGUUAAAUGAUUUGCAGUUAUUUUGAAGGAUACUAGACCAACUGUUUGAGUGGUGAUGGCAGAUGGCUGCACAGGGGGACAGAUUAUGUUUUAAUAUUCAGCUUUGACUUAAAUGAGUGAUGUUGAUCCCAAGUCAUGCAAGUUGGUGACCAUGUAUAGCCUAAAUCAUUAGGAUUAACUCAAAGGUGCAUGCUUUGAGUUAGCUUUGAUCAGAAUUAGUUAGUUCAUGUAUUAGAUUAAAUUGUUUACAGGUCCAGAGUGAAAGCACCAUCUCAGCAGUUACCCAUCCCACUCUAGUGUUUUCUGUUUCAGGAGCCACAUGUAGACAUUGAGUUAAUUCUAAGCAUAGCUAGUAACCUUGAUUGAUUCAUCAUAGCCAACUAAAGCUAAUUACUGUCACUCUGUUUUCAAUUAUCACCUCUGUCUGUCGGUCCUCUCUGCCACGCUGGGUUUCCUGAUUCACGCGUGAUCCAGGUGGGAGAUUCCUGCCUGGUAUGUGUGUGUGUGAGAGCGUGUGUGUGAGUGUGAUCUACUGACCGUGUGGAGGAGUGGGGAGAAACUGGGAUGGGCCAUGGAUGAACUGUAUUAAUCAUUCGGCUCCUGCUGCUCCGUGUGAGUUCUAAAGAACUAUUCACUGGGCCGAAACGAAUCACCUCCCCGGGAGAGAAACCCCCCAACUGCUGUGAUACGCUUCUCUCUAGUUUCAGAGAUCCUCUCGCUCAUUAACAACUGGAGCAAAUUAGCGGGAAGAGGAAUCUGCAUGCUUGCAACUUUAGACAGAAUAGCCUGUUUCAAGGGAACUCAUCUUGUGUAAAUGUAUUUGAGUAUAUGCACCAUUUUGUCUAUGGUUGUCGUCUAAGCAGGACAAUGUUACAUGUGUGGCUGUUCUCGACUCUGUUGAAUGUAUAUCUGUUUUUGAGUGGUUUUGAGCUGGUAACCAGAGCAGAGUGGACACAGCACUCUAGCUGUUAACUAGGAGAGACAACCACAAGACCCUCGACCCCCUAAACCCCUGAGACCCAGUGGUCUUUAACUCGAUCCCAGGUGAAAGUGGUUUGGCCCCCGCUGUUGUGCGGGAGCUGCCGCCUGCCCACUGUGGUGCCACCGUCACGCUGUCUUCCCUGCCCUCGUGGUGCUGGUGCGCUCGGCUCUGCUGGCCCAGGAUGAUGUGGCAGUGCCAUGUGUCGUCGUUGGAGUGCCGCUGCUACCGGCUCAAAGGUUUCUCCCUGCUCAAGCACUUCCCUCUAUCUACAGGUGGGGCGGCUGGGCGGCUGCUGGACCAGCCAGUGGGAGACUGGCUGGAGCACGUGGGGCUGCCGCAGUACGAGAGCAAGCUGCUGCUCAAUGGCUUUGAUGACCUGCACUACAUGGUGAGUCAAUCUCACACACACACUCCUCCUUCCCCGCUCUCUCUUGCUCUCUCCUUAUCCUCUUAUAUUUGACCUACCUCUCACUCCUUUGGGGCUAAUCUGGGGCUGUCUCACCCCCUCCUUCCUAUCUCACUGUCUCUUUCUCUCAUCUUCUGGAACAAUGUCUAUUUUUUAGUUUUUUGUUCUGCCUGCCUACCUCCUUUCAAAGUCAGUCAGACCUCCUCAGAGUCAGUCUCCUCCUCCUCCUUCAGUUGGUAUUAAUCAAGUAUCGAUGCAGCCGUCCAUUAACCUUAACAGAUCCCAUUAGCAUUCCCUGUAAAUUCCAAUUUACUUAAACCCCCCUGAGAUCCCUGCCUCCCCCUUUCAUUCAAUCACACGUUCCUGAUUCUCCUCUGUGCAAUAAGACCCAGGUCCUCAAGCGUUCCUGUCCUUCCUUGUGUGAUGUCUUUGUCAGAGAUCUCAUUCACGUCAGGAACAUUUUGAAGAAUUGCAGUUUCUUCAUUCACACAGGUUAAAGCCUACAUUGCAUGAUUGAUGGCAUCAUUGCGUUGCAUGAUGAAGCUUUUUCUUGAAAAUAAUUGAAAAGGGUGUUUAUGAAUGUAAUGUCACCAAACAUUCCAUGCUAUUUUCCUAAUUGGAUAAUUGAAUACAGUUCAUCAAAUUACCUGCUCAGAUUACAUGUGCUGUACAGUGUUGAGGCAUGCGUCAUCUCAUUAGAAAGGUCAACUUUUAGCCCUUCUGACAGGACUGUAACAGUUGGUUGGUUUGAUGCCUGGAAGUUGAUUAGACUUAUUGGGUCUCCGCCACUCAGUGGCUGUCUGAUUAGAUGAUGUUCACAUGGUUGGUGACAUUGGCAUCGAAUCACCAUAAUGUGAUGUUCCUGUUUACUAAAUAACUCUGUAAACGCAAUUAAUGAAAGCAUUUAAAGAUGAAAAUACCAGUGAACCCCCUAGGCUCCCUCUCUCACUCUCUCUCACUCUUUCUAACACACACACACACACACUGACAGUCAAUCACAACUGCUGUGAAUAAAUUACUGUUAAAUAUUUCCAAGGACACUGCCAUGAUUAAAAAAGAGCUGCAGCCAAGAACACACAACAGCACUGCAGAUAGAGCAGUCAGGGUUAGGGUUGCAAAGGGAGGGUAUAUGACUGGAAACUUUCUAAGUUUACCAAUAAACUACCAGAAUUUAUGUAUCUUUCAAGGAUUUUAUGUAAUCUAUCACAAGACAUCUAAUGGCCCUUUUGGGUACUUCAGAUGAUCACAGGUAUCUGUAAUUAUCUCUAGCCCACCGUGUGGCCUUAUCACAAGUAAAAUAUUUGAAAUAAUUAAAUAACAUGAUUUUUAAAUAAAUCAUAAAAUGACAAAGCUGUAAAACAUUAUCCUAAAUAUAAACCAUUAACUCAGUGAAUACCGUUGGUGUUUAAUAUGAGGGUUUCAGCAUGAAAUAUCCAUUAUAUUUUUUAUACACUUUUAUUCAUUUCACAAUAUCAGUAUGUAUUUGUUGUCAAUGUUUUGGCGUCAAAUUGGUGGCAGUUGUGAAAUAAGUCAAUAGUUGGGCGAGUUGCAGAGGUAAUUGAAAAUAAUGCCAAUGAUUUUUUCAUGAAUUAGGCUAUGUUCUCUUGAACCAUAUGGUCUAUCUACUAGAAACUCAUGGACAAUAUGGACACAUAUAAACAAUGAAUACUAAUAUAUGAAUACAUUUUUUAAAAAGUUAUUCAAGUAUACAUUACCAAAGUUAUGAUAGAUUGACAUUGAAUUCCUGUUAAUUACAAAAAUUACUGAAAAUUCCUGUAGCUUUGGUAAAUUACCGGUAGCUUUGCAACCCGAGUCAGGGUUGAGCGAGGGGGACACAAGGAAAGGCUUAACACACGAGAGGUAUCUAGGCUCUGUACCAUACAGAACAGAAAGCUGCACAGUACGCACAAAACCUAUUCAGCCUAUUCACAAGUUUAAGUCCAACACAACCUGUGUUAUCACGCAGCUGUCAACAGUUAUGUGUUUGAUGCCAUUAUUGCUGUUGGGAGCCCCGUGGUGCACCACUCUCACCUUACAGCUGCUCAGACAACACUUCCACAGUCUCACAUUCUUUCCCUCACAAUCAGUUGGCUGCCUGAGUACCAGCUGCUGCCUCACCGUAAUAGAACUGUAUGUCAAUAACCGGUUGGCUGGUGUUGCCAGUCCGACAAGGGUUAUCCAGCCCCUGAUGUGCUGCGUUGUUGUUUUCCAGCCAUGUUGGUUUUUAGCAGCUUCAGUAAUGAGGAUUGAUGGAGAAGAGGAUGGAGGAUGGAGGUCCCAGCUGGCCAGGCAGAAGAGUGGGCCGUUGGGUCGGGAGCUGUAAUUUAGAGAGCCAUGUUGUGUCAGAGUGAAGAUGUCCCUCCUCACCUAGGCUUAACUCUCUAUCCUACGCACACACACACACACACACCUCCCCUGAAACAUUCACCUCUCAAAAGAGUUGGGGUGUGUGUGUUCUUCUGUCUGUGUGUGUGUGUGGUGUGUGGUGUGUGGUGAAUGUGUCCUUCCACACAAAUUAUGCAUCAUUUGAACACUCCGAGCGUUGGUAAAGGGAUGCUGUAGCAGCACUUUCUGUUUCCAAUGUAUUUCCUCUCUUCUCCAGACAGUGAAGGUGAGUGGGAAAUGUUGAUUGUCUGCUAUGGUUACAGUCAUUUACAUUAGGGGGCGGUCAUAAAUUAUAGCCUUCAGAGUGAGUCUCUGAGAACAGACUGCAUUCCCUUGUUCUCUCUCCUUUUAUUCCCUGAUUGUUUUUAUCCUCCCUCAGUGGUUUAGAUGUAGCUUAUACAACAGACACUAACUAGACUUUGUGUUUUAAUUAAUGCCGAUCUGAUGUAUUAUCCAGCUCUGCGGUGUACUUUGGAUAAAAGUCACCCUUGGCUUCACCACAACCUUGGAGGCAGCAGCCUGACCAGGAGCAGCUUGGCCUGGGUUUAUGAUCCUGAACUUCCCCUGGCCUUGUCUAUACUGGCACUUUGGUUUGAUGGCUGAAUGGACCAGCUGUGUCAGAGUGGAUACGCUACAUGAAAAUGCACCUUUAAUGAACUGCUACAUCAUGGGAGCAUACUCGGCAUAGGCCAGCGAAUUGCAGUGUGAUUUUAAAGGGCAGAGUCGUUUAAAUUGUCUCUCACCACCUGAUUGGUUUAAUUCUUUGGGUUUCUGCACAAUCCAGAUCUGCCCUUUAAAAUUCUAACGCACAGACAAGUUUGUUUAAAGUUUGUUUAGAGUGUCUAGAUUCUGGAGCUUGCGGGAAGGACAUGGGGUUGGGAAGGAGUGACCGGUUUUGGGAUAAGAUUAGAUAGAGAGAGAGGCUGACUAUCUCUCUCUUGCUCCCUCUCGCUCUCUCUCUCCCCCUCUCUCUGACAUCAAUACCUGUGUUAAAUUCUCUGAAGUGAAGCUCUAAUCUCAGUCUCCCUUCAUUCUCUCCCUCUUUCCCUCCUCUCCAAAGGAUGACACUGCCAAUUUCCUACCUUUUUACUGGGCUCAGAGACCACCUGCUUUGCUCCAUUCUGUAGGAGGGAUUUGGAUAAAAGCAGUAACUUCUUUGUAGCAUUUCUUCCUGUCUGAUAUUUCAAUAAAUGGUGACCUUUAAGAGUUCUCAAUUUGUGCCUGGAAAUAACUUAUCUCAUGUUCCCUAUUGUUACUUUCCAAGCCCCCCCCCUCCCCCCAAACCACCCGCAGGAAUCUGUACAGUCUUUCAAAUGUGUGUGGACUGGUUUGUAAUCAAUCAAGCAUUUCCAGCUUGAGACAAAUAGAAACAAGUGGAAUAUUUUGGCCCAGGGAUGUGACAGCAUUGGGCCUACAACAAGUGCCAUUUCAUGCAUGCUAAGCACCAUUGACUCUACAUCCCUCCCUAUGCACUAUAAAUAUCUGAUGUGCACAAAUCGUCAGGGAGGCAUGGAGAGGGUGUGUGUUUGCGUGUGUGUCCAAGCUCUUCUUAGUGUUUCUGUGUCUGUGAAACCAUGUGUGUAGAUCUGCUCUUGCCAACUGUACCGGGCCUAUAGUUUUUGUCUUAAUUUGGAAGGAAGAUGAUGGUCCUCGCCAAAAGUAAUUAAAACUGUACUUACCAGACAGAUGAACCCCUUUAUAUUAAUAUCUUGGGCCAUUACCAGUAGGUUUUGAAAGCUGCAUAAGCCCCUCAUAUACCCCUCUCAUUAAUAAACCUUCCCAGCACUGAGUCCCUCUGCCACAAGUCUGUCAGUGGGGUGCACAAACAGACACCACACAUACAAAUUUGUUUUAUUUUUUUAUUUUGAAGAUGCCUUAUAGAGUGAAGUGUAAUUAGGAACACCAUUCCAGCUGUCUGGAACUCUCAGCUUUUAGGUUCAACUGCUCAAAGUGUGUACUGUCAGAAAAUAUUUUAAUCAGUUUCCCCCCUCAUCUUCAAAUCAAAUUGACUGCACAAAAGUGCAUGUGAAAUUGAAUAAUGAUAGGUUGUUCUCAGAUGGCUAUCUGAAGAUUUUACCCCUGGUUAUGGGGGAGUCAGUGUUAUAGUGUCCUAAUGUAUGUUGUACCGAGCAGCCUUGAAGUUUCCUAAGUAAACUCAAUUUAUUCCAGCAGUCUGAGUACUGUGAUCUCUCCUUGACCCUCGAGCUGCUCCCAGCACAAUAUCAAUUCGAUAACAGUGAUUGUAUUGUGUUGUCGGAUACGAGCGAAUGAGAAGCCCUUUAAAAAAAUUAAUGAGAUGCGUUUCUAUAUUAGAUCAUUACUCCGUAUUCCUUUAGAAGCUCAAACAGGAAGUACCCGUGACUUGCUCCGUUGAGAAAUGAUCAUCAGAAUCAGAGAUUAUGCUUUGCUAGCGCUGAUAGGAAUAUGUUCAGAGACUCCGCCGAUAACAUCGACAAGCUAACCACCUCUGUCACCUUCGCAUGAACUGCCGACAUUAUUACACAUAUUAAUUGAUAAUGAUGGAAAUUAAGAUAUGCAAGAUAUUUGAAUAGAUAUAUAUAUUUUAAUAGCUAUAUAUAUAUUGAUGUGAGAGCAUUGGAAAUGCUUUUGGCGGUUGACCUGCUUCUGUUUUGUGGAUGGCACUGUUUUUGUUAUUGGUAAAUUUACAAACAUAUAUUGUGAUAAAUAGAUUUGAAACUUGUAUCUAAUUAUGGUAAGUGGUGAAAUAAGUAUAGCCAGUUAUAAUUGUAAUGGCUUAGCAGAUAAUAACAAAAGAAGAACAAUAUUUACAUGGCUCAAAGAGAAGGAAUAUAAUAUCUAUUGUUUACAGGAAACUCAUUCAACAAUUCUAGAUGAAGUUGUGUGGAAAAAGGACUGGUGGGGGGGGGGGGGGGGGGGGGGGGGUGAAAUAUACUUCUCCCAUGGGCAAAGAAACUCAAAAGGGGUGAUGAUAUUAAUUAACAGUAAUUUUGCUCAGAAUGUGCAAAUUGUCCAAACAGAUCCGCAAGGUAGAUGGAUGAUUUAAAAUAUGUUAUUGGACCAUAAACAGAUAUGGCUCAUUAACCUUUACGGACCAAAUAAUGAUGAUCCAUACUUCUUUGACAAUAUAUAUAAUAAAUUAUCAACCCUGCAAGCAAUACAAGACUCUAUUAUUAUGGUGGGAGAUUAUAAUACUGUUUUAAAUAGCUCAAUGGACCGUAAAAUAAAUCACACUACAAACUAUCACCCUCAUGCUCUUACGGAAAUGUCACGAUCGUUAUAAGUAACGGACCAAGGCGCAGCGUGAAAUGCGUACAUCUUUUAAUGAGUACUUUAAACACGAAUAACAAAACAACAAAACGAUACGUGAAGUCCUAAGGUUAACAAACACAAACCUCUCCGGAACAAGAUCCCACAAUUAACUAGUGCCAACAGGCUGCCUAAGUAUGGUUCCCAAUCAGAGACAACGAGAAUCAGCUGCCUCUGAUUGGGAACCACCCUGGCCAACAUAGAAAACACGAACUAGAACAAAAACAUAGAAACUACAACAUAGACACUACACACCCUGGCUCAACUUUUAAGAGUCCCCAGAGCCAGGGCGUGACAGGAAAUCAUGAAUGUCAUGGAUACAUUAGAACUAGUGGAUAUAUGGAGGCUUAAAUAUCCUGAUCUAUUGAGAUUUACAUGGCGGAGACUCAAUCAAGCUAGUCGUCUUGACUUCUUUCUUAUGUCAUUCUCGUUGGCACCAAAAGUUUAAAAAGUGUUGAUAGGGGACAGAAUGCGGUCGGACCAUCAUAUAAUUGGCAUAUACAUUACUCUUACUGAAUUUCCACGUGGGCGAGGAUAUUGGAAAUUUAAUCAAAGCCUAUUGGAUGAUAACUUGUUUUUAACUAGGACAAAGGAAUUUAUAACUUAUUUUUUCUGACAUAACAUAGGUACAGCAAAUCCCCUUAUUGUAUGGAACACUUUUAAAUGUGCCUUUUAGAGGCCAUGCAAUUCAGUACUCAUCUCGAUAACAAAAGCAAUUUAGGUCAAAAGAGUCCAUACUAACAAAGGAAAUAGAAGGUCUAACAGAACAGAUAGAUAGCAAUAAAAACUGUAACAUAGAGGCUCAGAAUAAAUUAGAGGAAAAACAAAAAGAAAUGGAGAAAAUUAUUCAAGAAAGAUCAAGUGUAAUAUAUUAUAAAAAUAAAGCAAACUGGAUGGAAUAUGGGGAAAAAUGCACCAAAUUAUUUUUUAAUCUUCAACAUAGAAAUGCUACCAAAUAUAAUUUACUGAAAAUGGUUACAAAUGAGGGAGUCACCCAUGAUUCACCAAAUUAUAUUUUGUUUUCUAUUGAUAAUGUAAAAUUAAAAGCCAUACAGAAAGACUCAUGUGAAGGUGAAAUUACAGAGGAGGAACUUCUGGAUGCAAUUAAAGACUUUAAGUCUGGGAAAACUCCAGGGUUGGAUGGCAUACCAGUCGAGGUAUACCAAACCUUUUUUGAUAUACUCAGAGGACCAUUAUUAGCAUGUUUUAACCACUCCUAUGUAAAUGGUAGAUUAUCAGACACUCAAGAAGAAGUUCUGAUUUCAUUAUUACUGAAAUAGGAUACAAGUGGAAAAUAUAAAGAUCCAGUCCAUUUAAAAAAUGUAAGGACCCUUACACUUCAGUGUUGUGGUGCAUUAAUUCUAGCAAAAUGUAUAGAAUUAAAAAGGUGUUGUCAGACAUUAUUCAUUCUAAUCAGACAGGUUUAUUACAUGGAAGAUACAUUGGAGAUAAUAUAAGGCAAGUACUGGAAACAAUAAAACACUAUGAAAAAUCUGGGAAACCAGGCCUGCUAUUCAUAGCAGACUUUGAAAAGGCAUUCAAUAAAGUACGACUGGAGUUUAUAUAUAAAUGCCUGGAGCAUUUCAAUUUUGGAGAAUCUCUUAUAAAAUGGGUUAAAAUCAUGUAUAGUAACCCUAGGUGUAAAAUAGUAAAUAAUGGCUAUUUCUCCAAAAGUUUUAAACUGUCAAGAGGAGUAAAACAAGGUUGUCACUAUCGGCAUAUCUAUUUAUUAUGGCCAUCGAGAUGUUAGCUAUUAAAAUCAGAUCCAACAAUAAUAUCAAGGGAUUAGAAAUCCAGGGCUUAAAAACAAAGGUGUCAUUGCACGCUGAUGAUUCAUGUUUUCUUUUAAAUCCACAACUUGAAUCCCUCCACAGCCUCAUAGAGGAUCUAGGUACAUUUUCUAACCUCUCUGGAUUACAACCAAAUUAUGAUAAAUGUACUAUUAUGUAUUGGAUCACUAAAAAAUACAAUUUUUACAUUACCAUGUAGUUUACCAAUAAAAUGGUCUAAUGGUGAUGUGGAUAUACUCGGAAUACAUAUCCCAAAUGAAAUAAAUGAUCUCACUCCAAUACAUUUGAAUAGAAAGUUAGCAAAUAGCCCUGUGUAAGGGCUAUUUCACCAAGAAGGAGAGUGAUGGAGUGCUGCAUCAGAUGACCUGGCCUUCACAAUCCUCCGACCUCAACCAAAUUGAGAUGGUUUGGGAUGAGUAGGACCGCAGGGUGAAGAAAAAGCAGCCAACAAGUGCUCAGCAUAUGUGGGAACUCCUUCAAGACUGUUGGAAAAGCAUUCCAGGUGAAGCUGGUUGAGAGAAUGCCAAGAGUGUGCAAAGCUGUCAUUUUACAUUUACAUUUACGUCAUUUAGCAGACGCUCUUAUCCAGAGCGACUUACAAGUCAUGGCAAAGGGUGGCUAUUUGAAGUAUUUUGAUUUGUUCAACAAUUUUUUGGUUACUACAUGAUUCCAUAUGUGUUAUUUCAUAGUUUUGAUGUCUUCACUAUUAUUCUACAAUGUAGAAAAUACAAAAAAAUAAAUAUAAACCCUUGAAUGAGUAGGUGUCCUAAAACUUUAGACCGGUAGUGUAGACCUAUCACUAAAAGCUUCAGUCAUACAAAAGUUAUGCUUAAAUCCGAACUGGUUCUCUAGCAAAUUAGUAAGAUUGUCUCACCCCAUGUUCAAGAAUGGCCUUUUUCCCUUUAUUCAGAUUACAACCUCUCACUUUCAGGUAUUUGAAAAGGAAAACAUCUCCCAAAUAUCACUAUUUCUAAAACAAGCCAUAGAAAGUUGGUUGCAAUUUCAAUUUAAACCUCAAGAAACUACAGAACAAAUAAUGCAACAAAUAUUGUGGUUAAACUCAAAUAUAUAUAUAUAUUUUUUUAAAGUGUUUAAUAAAGAUAUAAUCUUCGGAAAUUAUAUCAUAGGUAGGACUGGUCGAGUUAUGUCGCACAUGCAGCUAACAAAAACAUAUGGAAAUGUCUGCUCUACCAAAAAUUACAACCAAAUAAUUGCAGGAAAGUGGAAGGGGAAAAAAGUAAGCAACAUGUCUGUUUGCCCUGCAUUAAAGAACGUAAUUGGUUAAAGAAAAUUGUGAUAAAUAAAAAAGUAUACCAGUUUCAUUUAAGGACCAAAGGAUUGACAGCCGUCCAAUAUAGAUUGCAAAAUAGUUGGGAAUAAAUUUUUGAUGUACCAAUUCCAUGGCAUAGUGUUUAUGAACUGAUACGCAAAACGACGCCGGAUUCAAAACUUUGAAUUUUUCAAUUGAAAUUAUUAUACAAAAUUCUUGCUACCAAUAGAAUGUUAUUUAUAUGGGGGAUACAAUCUUCCCAGCUCUGGAGAUUUUGCUGCGAAGAGACAAUCAUUAGAUCAUUUGUUUUGGUACUGUCCAUUUGCAGCUUGAUUUUGGUCACAGGUCCAGGAAUGGCUGAAGGAUUGCAAUAUUUACCUGUAGCUAACCCUGCAGAUAGCACUACUGGGUGAUCUGAAAAGUCAUAGUCAAUCGAUCAAUAAUAUAAUAAUACUUUUAGCAAAAAUGUUUAUUUUCAAUUUACAAUCUGUAGAAACAAUGAGAAUAGAAGGGUUCAGAACUUUUGUGAAACAGUACAGUUGAAAAAUAUAUGGCAAAUAGAAAUCCAAUAUGGAUGGUGUUAAGAGAUAGAUGGGAGGGGUUAAAUGGAGCUGAAGGAUGGGACUAAUAACAACUAACAACAAGAUAACUAAUGUAAAGCAGACUGUGUCCAUAAUAAGUAUGUAGGUAAUAGGUUGAGAGCUUUUGUGAAAGUGCACAGUUAGAAAGAUAUGGCAUAUAGAAGCAAACCGGAUGGACAUCUUGAAAAUGAUCGGAGAGGUUGAGGGUAGAGGAAGUUCAGAAGUAAAAACAAACAAAAUAGAAUUAUUGUUAAAUUGACUGUGUCCAUAAAAUGUAUAUAGUACAGUUGAAGUCGGAAGUUUACAUACAACUUAGCCAAAUACAUUUAAACUCAGUUUUUCACAAUUCCUGACAUUUAAUCCUAGUAAUAAAUGCCCUGUCUUAGGUCAGUUAGGAUCUUUAUUUUAAGAAUGUGAAAUGUCAGAAUAAUAGUAGAAUGAUUUAUUUCGGCUGUUAUUUAUUUCAUCACAUUCCCAGUGGGUCAGAAGUUUACAUACACUCAAUUAGUAUUUGGUAGCAUUGCCUUUAAAUUGUUUAACUUGGGUCAAACAUUUCGGGUAGCCUUCCACAAGCUUCCCACAAUAAGUUGGGUGAAUUUUGGCCCAUUCCUCCUGACAGAGCUGGUGUAACUGUCAGGUUUUUAGGCCUCCUUGCUCGCACGUGCUUUUUCAGUUCUGCCCACACAUUUUCUAUAGGAUUGAGGUCAGGGCUUUGUGAUGGCCACUCCAAUAGCUUGACUUUGUUGUCCUUAAGCCAUUUUGCCACAACUUUGGAAGUAUGCUUGGGGUCAUUGUCCAUUUGGAAGACCCAUUUGCGACCAAGCUUUAACUUCCUGACUGAUGUCUUGAGAUGUUGCUUCAAUAUAUCCACAUACUUUUCCUUCCUCAUGAUGCCAUCUAUUUUGUGUACUUGCGUACUAUUGUUUGUACAGAUGAACGUGGUACCUUCAGGCAUUUGGAAAUUGCUCCCAAGGAUGAACCAGACUUGUGGAGGUCUACAAUUAGUUUUCUGAGGUCUUGGCUGAUUUCUUUUGAUUUUCCUAUGUUGUCAAGCAAAGAGGCACUGAGUUUGAAGGUAGGCCUUGAAAUACAUCCACAGGUACUCCUCCAAUUGACUAAAAUGAUGUCAAUUAGCCUAUCAGAAGCUUCUAAAGCAUUACAUCAUUUUUUUGAAUUUUCCAAGCUGUUUAAAGGCACAGUCAACAUAGUGUAUGUAAACUUCUGACCCACUGGAAUUGUGAUACUGUGAAUUAUAAGUGAAAUAAUCUAUCUGUAAACAAUUGUUGGAAAAAUUACUUGUUUCAUGCACAAAGUAGAUGUUCCAAACGACUUGCCAAAACUAUAGUUUGUUAACAAGAAAUUUGUGGAGUGAUUGAAAAACAAGUUUGAAUGACUCCAACCUAAGUGUACGUUAACUUCCGACUUCGACUGUAUAAGCUGGACGUAGAGGCCUAAGCGUUGUUGUUCACUAGUUUACUCCAAUUAGGGAAGGGGUGGUGGGGUUGGAAAGUAAUAAAGGGAAAUAUAUUUUUAAAAAGGAUAUGUGUAUAUAUGCUACCGUUCAAAAGUUUGGGGUCACUUAGACAUUUCCUUGAUUUCCAUGAAAAUAACAUAAAAUUGAUCAGAAAUACAGUGUAGACAUUGUUAAUGUUGCAAAUGGCUAUUGUAGCUGGAAACAGCUGCUUUUUAAUGGAAUAUCUACAUAGGCGUACAGAGGCCCAUUAUCAGCAACCAUCAGUCCUGAGUUCCAAUGGCACGUUGUGUUUGCUAAUCCAAGUUUAUCAUUUUAAAAGGCUAAUUGAUCAUUAGAAAACCCUUUUGCAAUUAUGUUAGCACAGCUGCAAACUGUUGUGCUGAUUUAAAGAAGCAAUAAAACUGGCCUUCUUGAGACUAGUUGAGUAUCUGGAGCAUCAGCAAUUGUGGGUUCGAUUACAGGCUCAAAAUGGCCAGAAACAAAGAACUUUCUUCUGAAACUCGUCAGUCUAUUCUUGUUCUGAGAAAUGAAGGCUAUUCCAUGCGAGAAAUUGCCAAGAAACUGAAGAUCUCGUACAACGCUGUGUACUACUCCCUUCACAGAACAGCGCAAACUGGCUCAAACCAGAAUAGAAAGAGGAGGCCCCGGUGCACAACUGAGCAAGAGGACAAAUACAUUAGUGUCUAGUUUGAGAAACAGACGCCUCACAGGUCCUCAACUGGCAGCUUCAUUAAAUAGUACCCGCAAAACACCAGUCUCAACGUCAACAGUGAAGAGGCGACUCCGGGAUGCUGACCUUCUAGGCAGAGUUGCAAAAAAAAGCCAUAUCUCAGACUGGCCAAUAAAAAUAAAAGAUUAAGAUGGGCAAAAUAACACAGACACUGGACAGAGGAAGAUUGGAAAAAAGUGUUAUGGACAGAAUAAUCGAAGUUUGAGGUGUUCGGAUCACAAAGAAGAACAUUUGUGAGACACAGACCAAAUGAAAAGAUGCUGCCAAAUGAAAAGAUGCUGCCAUCUGUCAAACAUGGUGGAGGCAAUGUGAUGGUCUAGGGGUGCUUUGGUGGUGGUAAAGUGGGAGAUUUUUACAGGGUAAAAGGGAUCUUGAAGAGGGAAGGCUAUCACUCCAUUUUGCAACGCCAUGCCAUACCCUGUGGACGGCGCUUGAUUGGAACCAAUUUCCUCCUACAACAGGACAAUGACCCAAAGCACAGCUCCAAACUAUGCAAGAACUAUUUAGGGAAGAAGCAGUCAGCUGGUAUUCUGUCUAUAAUGGAGUGGCCAGCAAAAUCACCGGAUAUCAACCUUAUUGAGCUGUUGUGGGAGCAGCUUGACCGUAUGGUACGUAAGAAGUGCCCAUCAAGCCAAUCCAACUUCUGGGAGGUGCUUCAGGAAGCAUGGGGUGGAAUCUCUUCAGAUUACCUCAACAAAUUGACAACUAGAAUGCCAAAGGUCUGCAAGGCUGUAAUUUCUGCAAAUGGAGGAUUCUUUGACGAAAGCAAAGUUGGAAGGACACAAUUAUUAUUUCAAUAGAAAAUCAUUAUUUCUAACCUUGUCAUAACUACAUUUCGUAUUAAUUUUGCUAUAUUUCCUAUUCAAACUAAUUUCAUGUAUGUUUUCAUGGAAAACAAGGACAUUUCUAAGUGGCCCCAAACUUUUAAACGGUAGUGUAUAUGUAUUUAUAUGUAUGUACAGUGGGGAGUACAAGUAUUUGAUACACUGCCGAUUUUGCAGGUUUUCCUACUUACAAAGCAUGUAGAGGUCUGUAAUUUUUGUCAUAGGUACACUUCAACUGUGAGAGACAGAAUUGUAUGAUUUUCAAGUAAUUCAUUUGCAUUUUAUUGCAUGACAUAAGUAUUUGAUAUAUCAGAACUUAAUAUUUGGUACAGAAACCUUUGUUUGCAAUUACAGAGAUCAUACGUUUCCUGUAGGUCUUGACCAGGUUUGCACACACUGCAGCAGGGAUUUUGGCCCACUCCUCCAUACAGACCUUCUCCAGAUCCUUCAGGUUUCGGGGCUGUCGCUGGGCAAUACGGACUUUCAGCUCCCUCCAAAGAUUUUCUAUUGGGUUCAGGUCUGGAGACUGGCUAGGCCACUCGAGGACCUUGAGAUGCUUCUUACGGAGCCACUCCUUAGUUGCCCUGACUGUGUGUUUCGGGUCGUUGUCAUGCUGGAAGACCCAGCCACGACCCAUCUUCAAUGCUCUUACUGAGGGAAGGAGGUUGUUGGCCAAGAUCUCGCGAUACAUGGCCCCAUCCAUCCUCCCCUCAAUACGGUGCAGUCGUCCUGUCCCCUUUGCAGAAAAGCAUCCCCAAAGAAUGAUGUUUCCACCUCCAUGCUUCACGGUUGGGAUGGUGUUCUUGGGGUUGUACUCAUCCUUCUUCUUCCUCCAAACACGGCGAGUGAAGUAUAGACCAAAAAGCUCUAUUUUUGUCUCAUCAGACCACAUGACCUUCUCCCAUUCCUCCUCUGGAUCAUCCAGAUGGUCAUUGGCAAACUUCAGACGGGCCUGGACAUGCGCUGGCUUGAGCAGGGGGACCUUGCGUGCGCUGCAGGAUUUUAAUCCAUGACGGCGUAGUGUGUUACUAAUGGUUUUCUUUGAGACUGUGGUCCCAGCUCUCUUCAGGUCAUUGACCAGGUCCUGCCGUGUAGUUCUGGGCUGAUCCCUCACCUUCCUCAUGAUCAUUGAUGCCCCACGAGGUUAGAUCUUGCAUGGAGCCCCAGACCGAGGGUGAUUGAUCGUCAUCUUGAACUUCUUCCAUUUUCUAAUAAUUACGCCAACAGUUGUUGCCUUCUCACCAAGCUGUUGCCUAUUGUCCUGUAGCCCAUCCCAGCCUUGUGCAGGUCUACAAUUUUAUCCCAGAUGUCCUUACACAGCUCUCUGGUCUUGGCCAUUGUGGAGAGGUUGGAGUCUGUUUGAUUGAGUGUGUGGACAGGUGUCUGUUAUACAGGUAACGAGUUCAAACAGGUGUAGUUAAUACAGGUAAUGAGUGGACAACAGGAGGGCUUCUUAAAGAAAAACUAACAGGUCUGUGAGACCCGGAAUUCUUACUGGUUGGUAGGUGAUCAAAUACUUAUGUCAUGCAAUAAAAUACAAAUUAAUUACUUAAAAAUCAUACAAUGUGAUUUUCUCCCCACUGUAUAUUUGCGAGAGAAAAAAACAUAUGGAGGAUUGGAAGUGAUGCAGACAUUUACAUUGAUGGAAGUUCCAAUCUAUCUGCAGUAUUAAAGCUGAUCUACCUCCAAAAAAAGAUAAAACAAAAUUAUUAUUAUUUAAUUUUUUUACUCCGUCACCGGAAUCAUAAGGAAAUGCAUCGGCGACGUUGUCCCCACAGUGAAGGUUUGCUGCUUCCCCAAUCAAAAGCCCUGGAUUAAAACAGGUUGGCACUAAAAUAAAGGACAGGGUUAACACACACAGGGACAUCGCAGACAACCCGGAGGCUACGGCUGAGGACAGGAAUAAGUACAAGAAGUCCCGCCACGACCUCCGCACAGUCAUCAAACGAGCAAAAGGACAAUAUUGCAAUCUUAUUUCAUAGGCUCCACCGCACGGCGCAUGUGGCAGGGGCUACAGUCCAUUACGGAUUACAGAGGAAGACCCAGUCGUGAUCUGCCCAACGAUGCCUCUCUACCAGACGAAUUCAACACAUUUGUUGCACGCUUCGACAAUAACAACACCAUACCGUGCGUGAGGUCCCCUACCGAUCCAGGGGAUCUCGCUCUCUGAGGCCGACUUGAGUAAGGUCUUUAAUCAGGUCAAGGGUGGGGGUGGAACGGCGGGGGUAGAAGGAUUACUUUAUACUAUUCCAGGUAUUUCUUAAAGAGGUAGGGUUUCAAGUGUCUCCGGAAGGUGGUCAGUGACUCCGCUGUCCUGGCAUCGUGGGAGAGCUUAUUCCACCAUUGGGGUGCCAGAGCAGCGAAUAGCUUUGACUGGGCUGAGCGGGAACUGUGCUUCCAUAGAGGUAGGGGAGCUAGCAGGCCAGAGGUGGAUUAAUGUAGUGCCCUCGUUUGGGUGUAGGGUCUGAUCAGAGCCUGAAGGUAAAGAGGUGCUGUUCCCCUCACAGCUCCGUAGGCAAGCACCAUGGUCUUGUAGUAGAUGCGAGCCUCAACUGGAAGCCAGUGGAGUGUGCGGAGGAGCGGGGUGACAUGAGAGAACUUGGGAAGGUUGAACACCAGACGGGCUGCAGCGUUCUGGAUAAGUUGUAGGGGUUUAAUGGCACAGGCAGGGAGCCCAGUCAACAGCGAGUUGCAGUAAUCCAGACGGGAGAUGACAAGUGCCUGGAUUAGGACCUGUGCCGCUUUCUGUGUAAGGCAGGGUCGUACUCUGCGAAUGUUGUAGAGCAUGAACCUGCAGUAUCUGGUCACCGCUUUGAUGUUAGCGGAGAACGACAGGGUGUCCCCCAGGGUCACGCCAAGGUUCUUUGCACUCUGGGAGGAGGACACAAUGGAGUUGACAACCGUGAUGGCGAGAUCAUGGAGCGGGCAGUCCUUCCCCGGGAGGAAGAGCAGCUCCGUCUUGCCGAGGUUCAGCUUGAGGUGGUGAUCCGACAUCCACACUGAUAUGUCUGCCAGACAUGCAGAGAUGCGAUUCGCCACCUGGUUAUCAGAAGGGGGAAAGGAGAAGAUUAAUUGUGUGUCGUCUGCGUAGCAAUGAUCGGAGAUAGCAUUUGAGGAUAUGACAGAGCCAAGUGACUUGGUGUACAGAGAGAAUAAUAGAGGGCCUAGAUCUGAGCCCUGGGGGACACCAGUGGUGAGAGCACGUGGUGCGGAGACAGAGAUGCCCAACUCGGAGAGGGUGGAGAGGAGGAUCUGAUGGUUCACAGUAUCAAAGGCAGCGGAUAGGUCUAGAAGGAUAAGAGCAGAGGAGAGAGAGUUAGCUUUAGCAGUGCGGAGAGCCUCCGUGACACAGAGAAGAGCAGUCUCAGUUGAAUGACCAGUCUUGAAAUCUGACUGGUUUGGAUCAAGAAGGUCAUUCUGAGAGAGAUAGCAGGAGAGUUGGCUAGAGACGGCACGCUCAAAUGUUUUGGAGAGAAAAGAAAGAAGGGAUACUGGUCUGUAGUUGCUGACAUCGGAGGGAUUGAGUGUAGGUUUUUUGAGGAGGGGUGCAACUCUCGCUCUCUUGAAGACGGAAGGGACAUAGCCAGCAGUCAAGGAAGAGUUGAUUAGCGAGGUGAGGUAAGGGAGAAGGUCUCCGGAAAUGGUCUGGAGAAGAGAGGAGGGGAUAGGGUCAAGCGGGCAGGUUGUUGGGCGGCCGGCCGUGACAAGUCGCAAGAUUUCAUCUGGAGAGAGAGGGGAGAAAGAAGUCAAAGCAUAGGGUAGUGCAGUGUGAGCAGGACCAGCGGUGUCAUUCGACUUAAUAAAUGAGGAUCGGAUGUCGUCAACCUUCUUUUCUAAUUGGUUGACAAAGUCAUCCACAGAGAGGGAGGAGGGAGGGGGAGGAGGAGGACUCAGCAGAGAGGAGAAGGUGGCAAAGAGCUUCCUAGGGUUAGAGGCAGAGGCUUGAAAUUCAGAGUCGUAGAAAGUGGCUUUGGCAGCGGAACCAGAGGAAGAGAAUGUAGAGAGGAUACCAUUGUCCCCUCCAAGCUCGUCACCAAACUCAGGACCCUGGAACUGAACACCUCCCUCUGCAACUGGAUCCUUGACUUCCUGAUGGCCGACCCCACGUAGUUAGGAUAGGCAAUACCACCUCUGCCACGCUGACCCUCAACACAGGGGCCCACACACGGGUGUGUGCUUAGUCCCCUCCUGUACUCCCUGUUCACCCACGACUGCGCGUUUACGCACGACUCCAACACCAUCAUCAAGUUUGCUGACGAGACGACGGUGGUAGGCCUGAUCAUCGGCGUCAAUGAGACAGCCUACAGGGAGGAGGUCAGUGACCUGGCAGUGUGGUGCCGGGACAACAACCUCUCCCUCAACGUCAGUAAGGCCAAGGAGCUAAUCGUGGACUACAGAAAAGCGAGCACGCCCCUAUCCACAUUAAUAGGGCUGCAGUGGAGCGGGCCGAGAGCUUCAAGUUCCUCGGGGUCCAAAUCACUAAGGACUUAAAUGUCCACACACAUGUACACAGUUGUGAAGAAGGCAAGACAGCACCACUUUCCCCUCAGGAGGUUGAAAAAGUUUGGCAUGGGCCCUCAAAUAUUCAAAAAGUUCUACAGCUGCACCAUUGAGAGCAUCUUGACUGGCUGCAUCACUGCUUGGUAUGGCAACAGCACCGCCCUCGAUCGCAUGGUGUUGCGGCCAGCCCAGUACAUCACUGGGGCCAAGCUCCCUGCCAUCCAUGACCUCAAUAUCAAACUGACACUCCAACACACACAUAACAUUCACACACAUUCAUACUGACUACACACACACCCUCACAUACAAUCUUCAUUUAUCUGCUGCUACUCUGUUUAUCAUGCAUCCUAAUGCCUAAUCACCUUACCCCUGUACAUAUCUACCUCUAUCACUCCACUAUCCCUGUACAUUGUAAAUAUGGUAUUGGAACUGACCCUGCAUAUAGCUUUCUUACUUACUCAUGUUCUUCUUGUUUUUAUUUUUUGUGCGUUUUUGUUCUACCUUAUGUUAUUUUUUGCGCUACAUUGAUAUUGAUUACUGCAUUGUUGGGAAAGAGCUUGCAAGAAAGGCAUUUCACUGUACUUGUGCACGUGACAUUGAAACUUGAAACCCGAUUGACCCAGAGAGAGAACGAGUCGAAGAAGCAAGCAAGAAUCUGUCCUAUGACUCUCUAAUCUGCACGCUGUCAGUUGUACUGGUAAUGCCUGUUGCAACUGACACCUCUUCCUUGUACAUAAAUGACUACUCUAACUUCAAGAGCAUCCUACUAGUGGCAGGUGGUACUGUGAGAGAAACGAGACUGAGUUAGCAUUCACAACGUCUCUUAUCUUCGUCGAGGCUCCGCUCUGUUGGUGAGACUUCAUAGCAGUAGAGUGCGUGUUCAUCAAGGCAUCCAGGGAAAAUGUAUUUCCUUGAAGUCUCUGAGAUCAGCAGAGGAGUUGCAGGCGCACAGUAGCGGUAAUUAUUGCCCAGGGAAGAGGCUCAGACUGCUGCUCGGCUUGUAAUCAAACAUCACAAUGAUGCCAAUGAGCAAUAUCAGAGGAGAGGAGCAGCCAUCCAGUCCUUCCUCUGUUAAUACGCCAGCCUGUGUGAUCCUCACAGUCCAGUCUCUCUCUUCUAUUCUGUUUGUUUUGUCUGCACAAAGUAGUCACGUAAUGAACACACCACAGCCUCUAAUGGGAAUAAUAUUUCCAAUACCUAUUCAUCAGAGGUAGUGGUGUGUGCAGGUUAUAGUGAGAAUAAAUUAGAGAGAGGACAGACUAACUCCCAUGCCUGAUAAACUCAGGGAUAGCGGAGGAAGGGCCAAAUAGAUUUUUACAUUGUUGUUGUGUGCGUUGAGCUAUUUAAAAAGGAUUAGCUCAAAGUUGGAAGGGAAUUUCUCUAUUGAGGUCCAUUUGUCAAAACAAAUUGACAUUUUCACAAUCUACACACAUAACACAACGCAUUUGAUGCCCCUCCAGCCCUCCACUCACUUUCUUUUUCGGUUGGCAUAACAUAGGUAGGCAUGAUCUAUUAGCCAGACUUACUACCUCAGUCCCCCAGGCUCAUGGCACUGCUUCUGAGAGUUAAGACUGUCUGGAGCAGUCGGGUUCCAGACUGAGCAUGUCCCCUUCAGUCCUUGGUGCUGUAGUCAGCUCUCUAUAAUGUAUUAUCACUAUAUUCUGCAAAGCCUGCACUGGAAGAGGUCAAAGUGCAUGAGAGAUUCCCCUAGAGUUCCCAGUCGUCGGAGUCUGAUGAAGACUGUUUAUCACAAGUUCUCUUGCAGUUUCUGGCCUUAGUGGGUUGACAGAUGAACGCUUAUACAGCAGGGAUAGGUUGGGGUGAAUGUUGCAUUUUGUCUCAUAUCAGGCAGUUAGAGAAUUUAAUCCACUCAAUUGCCUUUCAUCAGAAAUUGAAUAAUCCGUUUCAAGUGUCCUUUGUCAUUGAGGCAAGGGCCCUUCUUUAGUCUCCGUGGGGGGGUUGUCAGAAGUGGUUUAGUAUGAGUGUCAGGAUCAGAGAGAUGCAGUCAGCCAGGGAUGAGGGAUCUAUGUGUGUCUGUGUUAGUUCUGGGAAUCAGCUCUGUCGACAUUAGUGAAGGACACUAUCACUGCAAACACACUAAAUCUUCCAAACAUAGUCUGCAAUAAAGAACAACCUUAUGACUGUCUUAUGAAUGCUAUUACACUGUUGAAUAACCCCUUUACAUCUUGGAUCCUCAUAUGAUGGCCUGAUUUGAAAGAAACGUAUCUAUUAUUUACCAUUGCCUUGCACCAUGUUGCCUCUUACCACUCAUUGACUCCCCACCCAGGCCCAGCAGUAGAAGCGGAGCAGUAUGUGUUCCAUAGUGGUCUUUUGUUAUACCUGUUGCGUAACGUAAUUGAAUCCUGGUUCUGACGGAUGGAUGGGGCUGAUGUGAACGGUAGCUACUCCUCCUUUAGUAUUCCAUACACAGAAAGAGCCAUUGAUCAGCUAUAGCCUCAUCUGCACCAGCAGCAGUAGUGCUGUCUGUGCUCCAAACACCAGGUCUAAAUGGUGUGGGCAGCUCUGCUCUGGCUUCAUUCCCCUCAUCAUUGUAUUAUUCAGCUCUCCAUCAUCAGGUGAGAUGAAUGAACUGAUCAGAUAAGGUCUGAGUGUAGAAGUCCCCAGAGCUGUCAUUCCACUAUGAGUUAUUAGAGGAAUAAAGGAAACACAAUAAGCCAUUGUCUCAGAUGGAACAAACCUUUUUAUUGUAUUUCCUUUUCUCAUCUCUCUUUUGAAGCUCUCUCCCAUCUCUUUUUCUCUUGGUCUUUCUCUCUCUCUGUAUCGCUCUUUCUGUAUCUAUCUCUCUCUUUCUCUGUAUCUCUCUCCCUCUCUCUCUCUGUAUCUCUCUCUCUCUCGCUCUCUGCAUCUCUCUCUCUGUAUCUCUCUCUGUGUACUGAAUGAUAAUUUUGGGAAAGAAAGAUUCUCUUAGGUCUGAGUAUUUGUCACAGUGUAAUAGGAAAUGCAGCUCUGUCUCUACCUCUCCCCGGGGGCAGAGUGAGCACAGCCUGUCCUCUCUGGGCAGCCAGGUUUGCCUGUGACGACCGGUCUCUAUAGCCAGACUGUGCUCACUGAGUCUGUACCUAGUCAUUGUUUUCCUCAGUUUUCUAUCAGUCACAGUGGUCAGAUAGACUGCCACCAUGUACUGUCUGUUUAGAGCCAAAUAGCAUUGAAGUUUACUUUUAUUUUUUGUGGUGUCUUUCCAAUAGGUGAUAUAUUUUUAUUUUUGCUUUGUGAUGAUUUGGUUGGGCCAGAUUUUCUGAGUGCUGUCCUGAGGCUCUUAUGAGGUUGGUUUUGGUUAGUGAACUGAGCCUCAGAACCAGCUGGCUGAGGGGACUCUUCUCUUGUUUCAUCUCUUGACAUAGUAGAGCUGUGUGAUGGAAUGUUUUGGGGUCACUUGUUUUUAGAUGGUUGUAAAAUUGAUGGCUCUUUUUUCUAUUCGAAUAAGGAGGGGGUAUUGGCCCAAUUCUGCUCUACAUGCGUUAUUUUGAGUUUUCCUUUGCACUUGCAAUACAGUCUUGCAAAACUCUGCAUGCAGUAUUUCGAUUGGAUGUUUGUCCCAUUUGGUAAAUUCAGUAUUAGAGAGCGGACCCCAUACUUGCACAGGAAGCGGCACAGGUCCUAAUCCAGGCACUUGUCAUCUCCCGUCUGGAUUACUGCAACUCGCUGUUGGCUGGGCUCCCUGCCUGUGCCAUUAAACCCCUACAACUCAUCCAGAAUGCCGCAGCCCGUCUGGUGUUCAACCUUCCCAAGUUCUCUCACGUUCCCCCUCCUCCGCACACUCCACUGGCUUCCAGUUGAAGCUCGCAUCCGUUACAAGACCAUGGUGCUUGCCUAUGGAGCAGUGAGGGGAACGACACCUCCGUACCUUCAGGCUCUGAUCAGUCCCUACACCCAAACGAGGGCAUUGCGUUCAUCCACCUCUGGCCUGCUGGCUCCCCUUCCUCUGCGGAAGCAUAGUUCCCGCUCAGCCCAGUCAAGACUGUUCGCUGCUCUGGCACCCCAAUGGUGGAACAAGCUCCCUCACGACGCCAGGACAGCGGAGUCACUCACCACCUUCCGGAGACAUUUGAAACCCCACCUCUUUAAGGAAUACCUGGGAUAGGAUAAAGUAAUCCUUCCACCCCCCCCCCCAAAUUGGUGCAUUCACUGGCUAUAGGGUGAAUGCACCAAUUUGUAAGUCGCUCUGGAUAAGAGCGUCUGCUAAAUGACGUAAAUGUAAAUGUAAUACUUCGCUGCCAUAUAGAGCAAUUGGUUCUAUAACUGAUUGGAACAUUUUGAGCCAGAUUCUAAUUGGAAUUUCGAUUUUAAUAUUCCUUUUAAUGGCAUAGAAUGCUCUUCUUGCUUUGUCUCUCAGCUCAUUCACAGCCAUGUGAAUGCUACCUGUGUUGCUGAUAUUUAGUCCUAGAUAUGUGUAAUUUUUGGUGUGCUGUAAUAGAACUGUGUCCAAAUAGAAUUUAUAUUUGUCAUCCUGAUUUCCUGACCUUUUUUGGAAUAUCAUUAUAUUCCGGGUUUUUUUUGUUAACGGUCAGAGCCCAGGUCUGACAGAACCUGUGCAGAUGAUCUAGAUGCUGCUGUAACCCUUCCUUAGUGGGAGACAGUAGCACCAGGUCAUCUGCGUACAGCAGACACUUGAUUUCAGUGUUGUGUAGGGUGAGACCAGGUGCUGCCGAUUCUUCUAAUGUUUUUGCCAAUUCAUUAAUGUAGAUGUUAAAUAGUGUUGGACUUAUUGGGCAGCCCUGUUUCACUCCACGUCCAUGAGAGAAGAAGUCUGUUUGCUUGUUGCCAAUUUUAACCGCACAUUUGUUUUUAGCAUCAUAUACCCUCCAAUACCACUUUCUAUUAGUUUGUAAAAAAGAUCUUCGUGCCAGAUUGAAUCAAAUGCUUUCUUGAAGUCUACAAAACACAAAUAGAUUUUGCCUUUGUUUUGGUUUACUUGUUUGUCAAUUAGAGUGUGGAGGGUGUAAAUGUGGUCUGUUGUACGAUAAUAAAAAAUAAAUAAAAAUCUGCCUUCUGCUUAGGACGUUGUGUUCAUCAAGGAAAUGAUGUAGUCUGCUGUUUAUGAUACUGCAGAGAAUUUUCCCCAAGUUGCUGUUAACGCAAAUUCCUCUGUAAUUAUUUGGGUCAAAUUUGUCUCCAUUUUUAUAGAUUGCUGUGAUCAAUCCUUGGUUCCAAAUAUCGGGGGAAAUACCUGCAGUUAGGAUAAUGUUGAAGAGUUUGAGUAUAGCCUAUUUGAAUUUGUGGUCUGUAUAUUUGAUCAUUUCAUUUAAAAUACCAUCAGCUCGUUAUUAAUGCUCUGCCUGUCUUUUUGGAGCUCUCUCACCUCCUUUGUUAGAUCAGCCAGCUCUCUCUUGAGUCCAGCUCUCUCUUGCUGAACCUCUUUCAGCUGUGUUGCAAGGCUGCUAUCCUGCUCUGUCCGCACCUUGGUUAGGAGCUCCUCUAAGGUGUGGAUGUCUAGUUGCUGUUUGCUCACACUCUCCCUAAGCAGGACCACCUCCCCCUCCAGUUUGGUGAACUGAUCCCUCAUGGCAGCCAUGGUGGUGAGGAGGGCCUGAGCCUGCUCUGCACUGAGGGGGUCGCUCUCCUCCUGGGGCGUGUCCUCCACUAUGGUGGGAAGAGAGGUGCUGGAUGUGCCUUUUUGGGUGGGGAUAGUGGGGGUGAGGGUGGUGCUGGUGGAGUUUGUCACUGGUGGUGUCCUUCUCUCUCUCUGCUCUCUCCUUAAUGGUCUGAAAGUCUGUUUCAAACAGCCUAAGGUUACCUUGCACCAUGACAGUCCCAGUCUUGUAGAGGUUGAUUGUUAUCAUGGUGCUGUCAGGGUCGUCUGUCUCUUUGACUUUCAGCUUCCACCCAUUACGGAUGGGUAGUGAGAGCAGACUGUUGAGCGCCAUGCAUUUGGCUGGUCAGUGAGAAAGAUGUGAUUACUCACAUCACCGUUUUUGUAGAGGUCUGUGAAAAGGGUUUCUGGCCUCCCCUUUAGUAGAUUCUGUUUAAAAGCUUUCCUCGUUGUGUCAUUUUUGGCCUCUGGGGGGUAGAGAAUGGACUCAGCGCUGAGGGGGAGUGGGGACAUGGUGCCUGUGGGCUCUGCGACUACUACUGCUGCUGCUCUGUUCCGGUGCACUGUUGCCAUGGCAACCCGAUUUGUUUGUCUGCUGCUGUUGCUAGCUAGCUCCUUUUUAGCUCAAAAACCAGCAAAAAUAGUGAAAUCUUCACACACAAAAACAGAAGAUAUGUUUAAAGUUAGAGUCUGUGCUUCUUUUUGAUUUACUCACUCAGUUUGGUCGUUUGAUGUAGUUGUAUUAACUCCCCUUGCUAGGUUUGUUCUAGCUCAAUUUUCUGGCUGGCUUGUUAGCCUGCUGGCUAGGUUUUUGUUGUGUAGCUAGCUAGCGAGAGUCAAAACAUCUUAAUUUGAGGCGCAAAGUUACUUUUUUUUCUAUUCUGAUUGAAUAGAGUUGUUGUUCAUCACUUCUUGUCUUGAAUUAUUUUUAGAUUUGAGUGUUUAUCUCAUUCUAAAACAAAACAAAAUGGAAAUAAAUCAGGAGCUCAUGUUGAGCAUGUCUCUCUCUCUCUCUCUGUAUCUCUCUCUCUCUCUGUAUCUCUCUCUCUCUGUAUCUCUCUCUCUCUCUCUCUCUCACUCUCUGUAUCUACCCUCGUUUUCCCCUUUUCUCUCUCUCUUCCCAUAAACACAUACAUAAUCCUAACAGAGUGGAAAAUACCUGAGUCAUGAUCUUUACACAAACUGCACAUGCUCAGGUUAAUACAGUAGAGCCAAAAGAAAGGGCAUACGCAUGCAUGCAAUACACGCACGUGCACACGCACACACACACACACACACGCACACACACACACACACACGCACACACACAGUCAAUCCCUGGGUACCUUCCUCCAUACCAUGGCUGAGCCUAGGGAGCAACAGUCCACUCAGCAGCCUUGUUUUAAUGACUAAUUUCACCCCUGUAUAGAUUAUGCUGUGCAACACAUACACACACUGAUGCCUCUAUCCAUCUCCAUCUCACUCCCUUUGCCCCUGCAGCAAAGUAGCUUGUCAGCUCCUGACUCUCCAUCCCUCCAUCUUUCCAUUCCUCCAUCUUUCCAUCCCUCCAUUUUUCCAUCCCUCCAUCCCACUGACUCUGCUCUCAAGGUGGGAUUAACACAGAGCUCAUGCGCAACACUCUGCAGCAGGGUCCCUGGAGCUUUACAUACUAUUCUAGUAAGUGUGUGCCAGCAGCACCUUCCAAGUCAAUGCUACAAUCCUCAUACACUAGCAGACUUCUAGCUAAUUGGUCAUUUGAGUAAUGGCUAGUAAUUCCUCUUUAAUUUGACCACGUCAGGCCAAUGGAAGGACCCAUCGAGUGACCCUGAUGAAUGACACUCGGUGGAGGGAGGCUAGCCUUCCUUUGUGGUCAGUCAUUUAGUGCUGCCUGCGGUUGUCGACACAGUAGCACUCAGCUCUUCCCCCCUUGCGCCGCCCUGUCCCCCUCCUGCAGUUUCCUGAUUGAUCUGUUGAUUAGCCACCCAUUGCUCCUGCCUGCCUGUCUCAGCCUUGGAGAUGGUAUUGUGUGGGACUGUAGAUGGGUUUGACCCUUGCUCAUGCUCCCUGGUGCUUGUCUCCCUCCCUCCCCUUUCCUCCCUCAUCCACUUAAAUUACAUUUACUAGAGGGAUUUAUUGACGUUUAUUUCAGUGCUGCAGUCAGCUGUAUGUUAUCUCAAUGGGAGAAGGGAGAAUUGCUUGACACCCCUUAUUUUUUUACAAUGGCAGCAUUAGGGGAGGCAGAUCACUAACCAACCGUGUGUGUGUCUUUGUCUGGGUCUAGUUAGCCCUCUAAGGGAAAGGGAAAGGGGGAUACCUAGUAAAUUGUACAACUGAAUGCAUUCAACUCUAACACUAAGAUGCUGUGUCAGAUUUCCAUUGACAAUAUGAGAAAACCACAUCCAUUGAAUUAUUGUGUUAGCAAAUUCCCUGUCCAGUUUACACAGCUAAUCCUGUUAUGGCAACAUUGAGGCCAUGUUAGUAUGAUACCUGUCACUGUGAUGUCAUUUUAACCCGACCUUUUACUCUCUCUGUUACAGGGUAGUAAUGUGAUGGAGGAACAGGACCUGAGGGAGAUAGGCAUCACAGACCCAGGACAUCGGAAGAAGAUCCUGCAUGCAGCUCGAUCCCUGCCAAAGGUGAGCCUCUCCAAACUACUGACUUUAAUGAGUUCCCCUAUGGCCCCAUGCAGUAGCUCUGGCUAGUGUGAUCAGCCCUUACUAUGUUGGGACUGGAGUGAUCAGUAUGUGACUGUGUCUCCCCUUGCAGGUGAAGGCCCUGGGCUGUGACGGCAGCAUCUCUCUCUCCUCCUGGCUGGACCUCCUGGGCCUGCAGGAGUACCUACACAACUUCCUUUCCAGCGGAUACCGCAGCCUCGACUGUGUCAAGAACCUGUGGGAGCUGGAGAUUGUCAACGUGAGUCUGUCUCUAUGAAAUCUACUUUGAGAGCGCACAUUUUGAAAUAGCUAUUUAAUUUAAUGGUAAAUAUGUGCCAAAUGGCAAUAUGCUCAAUGUGUUACAGUGGACUUAACCUGAAAUGUGUGUUGGGGAUGUUCAGAGGUUAUGACUGUUUUGUAUCUUCCAGGUGCUGAAGAUCACCCUGCUGGGACACAGGAAACGCAUCAUCGCCUCGCUGGCAGAGCGGCCCUAUGAGGAACCUCCUGUCAAGCCCCCCCGCCUGUCCCAGAUCAGGUGUCAGGACUUGGUAUCCCAGACCUCCUCUCCCAUCAGUCACAUGGACUCCUACGCGGGUCGUUCCAUAGACCCCCUCCUGCUGUUCGGGGAGCCUGGGAGGAAGAAGGGGCCUGACCCAGAUUAUGAUGUGGCCCCCCACCGGCCCCGCAGUGAAAGACACCGCUCACAUGAGAGAUAUGAGGAGCGGCAUCGGGAGCCCCGUCUGACCCUGCGACCUCCCAGCCUGGCAGCACCCUACACCCCUGUACAGAACUGGCACCACCAGCCUGAGAAGCUCAUCUUUGAGUCCUGUGGCUAUGAAGCCAAUGUAAGGGACACCUUUUCCUGCAGUAACUUAACUCACUAAUGGCUUUCUUUAAGAUAUAUGGUCUCCCACUCUCUGUACGACUAUAUUAUGUCCUCUCCUCUCCUUCCUCUCCUCUCUCUCUCUCACUCUUCUCUCUCUCUCUCUCCUCUCUCAUCUCUCUCUCUCUCUCUCUCAAUCAAUCAAUCAAUCAUCAAUCAAUUCAUCACUCAAUCAAUCAUCUAUCUAUCUAUCUAUCUAUCUAUCUAUCUAUCUAUUACUACUUCUAUCUACAUCGACACGUAUGCAGUCUUAGCACUACUACACUCAUGACGAUCUACAUCUUAUCUAUCUGCACUAUCUAUCAUCUUCUAUCUAUCUAUCUAUCAUCUAUUAAUCUACUAUCUAUCAUCGUCUGACUAUCUACUGACUAUCUAUCUAUCUAUCGAUCUAUCUAUCGAUGCGCUAUCUAUCUAUGCGACUACUAUCUACUAUCUAUCUAUCAUCUCAUGCGAGCAUCAUAUCUAUCUGAUCUAUCUAUCAUCUAUCAGCUGUCACAUCAGCUAUCUACACUAGCACUCGGCUACCGAUGACCCUCCUGCUUUCGGAAGCGACCAGAAUGGCGGUCCAAAAGCGGGCGACCCCCACAGCUGACAGUAGGCACCGCACAAGAAGAGAUGGCCCACUCGCCAGAAGCCUCGCCCCGCCCAGGAAGAGCCGACCAGAGAACGCAGACAAGAGCACAGCGCGUACAGCAGGAGCGACAGCGCGCACCGUGAUGCACACAGCGAGCACUACGAGCUACAUCAGCAAGCAGCAGCACUACUGCAGCACUGAGACAAGCACAGAAGCACUACACUAGAGCAUCGAGCAGUCGAGCACGACAUCGACACGACAUCUGCACGACGUGACAUCAUGCAGCAACACACAGCACAAGCACACACAGCGACUAGCAGCACAGCGAGCAGCACUAGUCUAGCGACUCUACAGCUAUCUAGACUGCAACAUCGACAGCACAGCAGCUAGUCUAGCUACACGCUAGCUACAGCUCGAUGCAUGCGAUCAUCAUGCACAGCACAUCAGCAGCACACACGUACAGCAGCUAGCACGACAGCAGCUGAGCGAGCGACGAGCAGCGAGCGACACGAGCGAGCGAGCAGCACAGCACGAACAGACGAGCAGCGACAGCACAGCGAGUCACUAGCGAGCAGCAGCAGCGAGCGAUGCAACGACAGCGAGCAGCGAGCAGCGACGAGCGACUACAGCACAGCAGUCAGCACGAGCAGCACGAGCACGAGCGAGCGAGCGAGCAGCGAGCGAGCGGAGCGAGCAGCACAGCACGACGAGCGAGCAGCUAGCGACAUCGAGCAGCAUCGACGUAGCAGCUGAGCGACGACGAGCGAUACAGCGAGCAUCGAGCUGAGCGAGCGAGCAUAUGCUAGCGAGCGACGAGCGAGCGUAUCGAGCGAGCGAGCGAGCGAGCGAGCGAGCGAGCGAGCGACAGCGAGCGAGCGAGCGAGCAGCGAGCGAGCGAGCGACGAGCGACAGCGAGCUAGCGAGCAUGCACAGCAUACAUAUGAGCAGCGAGCGAGCACGACGACAGCAGCACGACAGCGAGCGAGCGACGAGCAGCAUGCGACUAGCAGCAGCAGCGAUAGCACGACGUAGCGAGCGAGCACGAGCGAUCAGCGAGCGAGCUAGCUGAGCGAGCUGAGCGCACUACGAGCAGCGACGAGCGUAGUCGAGCGAGCAGUACAGCGACUAGCAUCUAGACGUAUCGAGCUAUCGAGCGACGAGCGAGCGAUCUAGCAGCUACAUAGUCUAGCAGUCGAGCGACGAGAGCAUCGAGCGACUAGCGACAUCGAUCGAGCGAAUCGAUCUGACCCAGCUAGCACAGCGAUGCAGCUAGUCAGUCAGCUACGAGUCUAGCUGAGUCGAGCUGACAGCAUCGAGCACUAUAGCACAGCAGCUAUCGUACUGAGCGUACGACAUCAGCACUAGUCUAGCGAUCGUACACGUAUGCGACAUCAGCGACAGCGAGCAGCGAUCGAUCGAUCGAUCAUGCUAGCACACUAGCUACACGAGCGACGUAUGCGACGACAUACGAGCAUCUAUGCGUAUCUAGCUAGCAGCGAUGGACGACGAUCAGCUAGCUACAGCUAGCGAUCUAGCACUACAGCUACAUCACUACAUCUAUCUACAUCUACAUCUAUCAUCUCGAUCACUAUCAUCUAUCUAUCUACACAUAGUCGAGUCUGAGCACUUAUCUAUCAUCUAGCUUAUCUAAUCUAUCUAUCUAUCUAUCUAUCUAUCUAUCUAUCUAUCUAUCUAUCUAUCUAUCUAUCUAUCUAUCUAUCUAUCUAUCUAUCUAUCUAUCUAUCUAUCUAUCUAUCUAUCUAUCUAUCUAUCUAUCUAUCUAUCUAAUCUAAUCUAAUCUAAUCUAUCAAGUACCUGGGAUCUAUGCUCAUCAAGGAGCUACGGGGGACAGAGUCCACCCAGGACGCCUGUGCCAAAAUGAGGGUAGGUCACACUUCUAACUACUACUCUAGUCUCCUCAUGUUUAGAGAGAAAUCAUUCUCAAACAUCUCAGCUGAAAGGACCCAGACUUUCCUCCUUCUCAUGUUUUCUCUCUCUCUCUCUGUCUCUCUCCCUCCCCCCUCUCUCGCUGUCUCUCUGUCAAUCGUUCUCUGUCUCACACCCUCUCGCUCUUGCUCUUGCACUCUCGCUCUCUCUUUCUCUCGCUCCCAGAGGUCGACAGAGCAGAUGAGGAAGGUCCCCACCAUCGUCCUCUCCAUCACAUACAAAGGGGUGAAGUUCAUUGACGCAGCCAAUAAGGUUGGUUGGCUGGGAGCGCCUAUUUCACCUUGGACCUGAUCCGUACAGCAAUAUCUGAAAACUAGACAGACAUACAUACACCUGUCCCAGCCAGGGAAGCUAGACACCAGGGGAGGAGGAGGCUGCCCAGUAUCACAUCACUCCUAUCACAUUGAUCCAGCCCCACACUCUCUCUCCUUCAUACUAAAUGUCACCCCUGUCUGUUAAUGACAGAUAGUUCUUUAUUGAGGGCAGGAGGUUGAGGGGUCACAGGGUUGAAGCUUCUAUGUCGCCAUUGCAAUUAAGAACAUAUUGACAUGUUCUUUCAUAGUGGAGACGUGAAUGUGAUAUUUAUUGAUGUCUCUGUGACUAUACAUACAGGAUACUCAUUGUAGUGUCUUGUUGGACUCUCCUCCCAUACAGAACAUCAUAGCUGAGCAUGAGAUCCGGAACAUCUCGUGUGCGGCCCAGGACCCGGAGGAUCUGUGCACGUUUGCCUACAUCACCAAGGACCUGCAGACCAACCACCACUACUGCCAUGUGUUCAGCACAGUGGACGUGGUGAGAAUACAUGCCUACACAAUCAUCCCACUAUAACCCAACCACUCCAGCGUGCAGUGACGUGACUUGACUUAAUUGUAUGCUAUACUAUCGCAUUAGUUUCAGAAUAUGUCCAAAUUAAGACAUGUUAUUGCCUCACCACACAGCACAGUACAUAUAAAAAAUAUCUUUCAACUGUAGAUUCAAGUCCAUACAGAAUGGUCUGUGAUGUCCUCUCCUCUGUCCUCAUGUUGGUUCCUUCCCAGCCACCUUUUUUAAUCCUCAGAGGAGAUGUGACUCUGACUGGCAGCAGCACAGUAUCACUGUUAUCUUUACUCUCUAGACCAGCUUAUCUACCUGUGAGGUUUCACACUUCAGCAACGCUUGAUUGCCAUUUUCCGAUAGAGUCAUGGCGCUAUGUGGCCAUCACUAGAUGGCCAACCUCCACCACGCCGUUCCUCCUGAGAACUGAUGAUUUGUCUAAACCAGGGUUCCCCACGCUUUCUGAGUAAUUUUAUAAAAUAAUGUUGGACAUUAAGGACUGUAAAAUCACCAGGAAUUCAGCUCAAUGUGAUUUUCAUUUAGGAAAUCUGUUCCCAAGUAUUCCCACGCAUAAAUAGAGAGAUCAUAUCCCAAUGUAAUCAAGGUUUGAAAUAUGUUUAAUAAUAUAAUAUAAUAUAUUGUUGUUCUGGCCCACCGACCAUCCGCUCAAGAAAAAAUUGGCCCACGGCUAGGGCUGUUACGGUGACCGUAUUACCACCACACCGGCGGUCACGAGUCAUGGCGGCAGUCAAAUUCCACGUGACCGUUUAAUCACGGUAAUUAGGCUUCUCCAAGCUUUGAUGCUGCUGAUGGUCAUUAGUAGCCUACCAAACUUGCUAACUGCCUGGUACUCAGCACUCUAUUGUCCCUGUAAUCACUCUGACAUCAAUGCCAAAAGAGGAGGAUCCCAUCAGAUAGGCCUACUAUAUUUAUUUCUCAACUUUCCUAAUAUUAAGCACAUUGCUUCUAUUUACAACAGGAGUAUAGCCUACCUGGCUGGCAUGAAAAUGAACCACGAGAAAAGUGUUGUCCUUUCACUAUUUAAGUGCAUAGAUUACAUGUAUUUUUUCCCCCGCCCCUGUUCCGAGACAGGUGCAUGAUAAUGGUCCAUUCUAAAUCAAAACUAAUUUCACACAUAUAUUAUUUAGUAUAUGUUAAGACAAGAUUAAAUCAAGAAUAGUGUGAUGGGUGACAAUAUUAGCCUAUCACUUGUGAAUGAUAUAUUAUCACUUGUGAAUGAUGCCCAGCUUAAGGCAAGAAACAGUGAAUGCUUUUUUUUUGCUACUUUUUCAAAUCAUAGUUGCACACCUCAUGUAGCCUAGCCCAUAGGCUUAUAUGUUUUGAUAAGGUUUGUAUCACAACUAAAAUGGCCAAAUAAGUUCUUAAAAUGAAGCACAUUAAUACGCUUUACAAUGUGUGUAGAGCCUAACUGGCAUACAUACACAGCGUGUGAGUUUCAAAUUUGGAGAAGAUAAUUUUCACCAUAAAAAUGUCCCUUAAUAAAAAAGCAUUACAUGCAUAAUCACAUUUGUGAAUGGUGUUUACGUGCUAAUGGAACAUUUGUGCUUAUAGCCUACUGCCAUGUGCGCAUUGCUGCGCUUAGAAUAGUUUAUCAACAUUUUAAGCUAAACGUUCUCAUCUGUUGCGUCAGACUCAUUUCUUAAAACAAGUUUUUUUAUUCUAGUGGUUGUAUUAACCACUAGCAUCUAUCGCAUCCCACAACUGUCCCAGACUAUGUUUGGUAUAUUUAUUUCUCGCACAGAAUAGAAUAGGUCAACUUUUGUACUAUGGGGGAUAGUAGAUUGGCAUUGGCUGACGAAAAGUAAAUGUGGACAGUUCUUCCAAUAUCUUCAAUAUGCGCCUCGGAAUUGGAUAAGGACGCGCGCAGUUGCGUCCCGGAUGUGUCUGUCUUCACUUGUAGCCUUUGAGAAAGACCCGAUCACGUGACGGAGAGCCAUAUGAGUGAGAGGUUCUUCUGCACGCAGCCGGAAGAAGAAAAUUAUAAUUAUUAUAUUCAGCCCAAGUGCACUCAGCCCACUGCCUAAUGGCAUAGCCUGAUCAGGGUCUAACAUUUACAUUUACCAGAGCGACUUACAAAUUGGUGCAUUCAACUUAUGAUAUCCAGUGGGACAACCACCUUUUUAUUUAUUUUAUUUUUAUGGGGGGGUGGGGGAGGGGGGGUAGAAUGAUUACUUUUAUACUAUUCCAGGUAUUCCUUAAAGAGGUAGGGUUUCAAGUGUCUCCGGAAGGUGGUCAGUGACUCCGCUGUCCUGGUGUCGUGGGGGAGCUUGUUCCACCAUUGGGGUGCCAGAGCAGCGAAUAGCUUUGACUGGGCUGAGCGGGAACUGUGCUUCCAUAGAGGUAGGGGGGCUAGCAGGCCAGAGGUGGAUGAACGUAGUGCCCUCGUUUGGGUGUAGGGUCUGAUCAGAGCCUGAAGGUAAGGAGGUGCCGCUCCCCUCACAGCUCCGUAGGCAAGCACCAUGGUGCAUAAGGACAACUCAGAGUAUGCUAUUCUGUUCUUCUGAAAUAGACUACAUUUUCUUCAUAUCAUGUUUCUUUAGACCUGUCUAAAAUAAAUAAUGGAUUUAUUAUACUUUUUUAAAUGUAGAUGUUCCAAAGGUCUGCAUCAGUGGCUUGUAGGCUGACAAAAUGUCAUGACCGCCACAGCCCUACCCACGGCUGAGUGUAACUCUAAAGCUUUUCACAUUUAAUACUGUAGGGGUCAUCUAAGGCCACUGAGUAACUACUACAGAGGCUGGUACAAUAGAAAUAACAUUCAUAGAACGGACAUCCCCAUUAAAGUCAAUGGGUGUUUUUCUAUGGCUGGUCCCACCUUUCUGAGAGGUCUGAUGUUGGCCCUGUGGCCUGUGUUGUACUCUAUAGGGCUGUGAACUGAAUGGCCUCAUCAGGGGUAAUGCAGUAGACUGUUGACUAUCUGAGAUGAGGUGAGGUGGGGGAGUAUAAAAGCCCGGAGAUGUGAUUAGAGCUUUUUAACAGUAUUGACCAGGCUGCUAUCGGACUCCCCCAGACGCCACAGGCUCAUUUUUCACCAGCCCACACGAUGGGACGGAUCCCAGAUCAGAUCAAAGGAUAUAAACAGAGAGAAGGUUCCUCGGAGACACAGACUAAUAAUCAGCCUUCUGUUUUUCUCAAGCUGGAGUUGUUUUGUCACUUAACUUUACAAGAAUAUGUUUAACAGAGCCAAUCAGGUGGUGUCUCACUGGAGUGGGUUGAGCUGCCCAGUGGUGCUGUAUGUGUCAGGGACAAAGAGUAUCAGAGGAAGCCAUUAAAAUCCAUCUUUCUAUAUGCAAAACAAAUCCAGGGCUUUUUGGGUGUACAAAUAAACACACACAUGGACCCCCCAAUGUUUUUGUCUCAAUCUCUGGUCCCGAGUGUAUGUUCACCUUCAUCUGCUCCUAUCCACUAUUUAGAAUCUGUCUGAGUGUUUUAAUGUGAUGCAGCUCCAGCCUCAGUGGGUUGCAGUAGCAGGUGUUUGCAGUCAGGGGACAGAGAGGGAACAGCUUGCUGUCUCGCUACACUUCCUCUCUGACAGCUCUCUCUGCCAUUGAGUUAAGUCUGUUUACAAAGUUGUAUAUGCAAAUAAAGUAUUUGAUUCCAUUGAAGACUGAGCAUCUCUCCUGGGUCUUUGGAGGAGACUGUCCACUGAGCUGAGAUUGUGGCUUGUUGUGUCUCAUUCACUCAAUGUGUAUGCUUUUAAAUACUGUACAUACUUAGCCCCUGACUUGUCUUACCUAGGAAUUAUAGAUGCACCGUAUGCCUGUAGCGCAUUUGAUGUUUUACUUUCAUAAUGACUAAGACUCAGUCUGCUCUAGACUUCUUCAUUUCACACUGAGUGAUGCAGCAGCUUCAUAUUCAGGAGCAUUGGUGCAUGUCUGUCUGUUGACAUGUAACUUAACGUAGCAGGCAUAAAAGAAACGCCCCAGUGGGGUCCCCACAUCCGGUUUUCAGGGUAAAAGGAAGCUAGGUUGACGAUACUGUAUCCAUGAAAACCGGAUGUUUCUGGUUUCCUCCAACCGUACUGAGGGUGGUUGAUAUGGGAGACAGGAGGAGGGAGUAGAAUACUGAGCAGGAUUCUGUCUCCUCCCCCUCUGGUAGAACCUGACAUAUGAGAUUAUCCUGACGCUGGGACAAGCAUUUGAGGUGGCCUAUCAGCUUGCUCUCCAGGCCCAGAGGACCAAACAGCCCCAGGGCAUCCCAGCAGGACCCGGGGCAGAGGUCAUCGAGACCAAAUCCAGCCGGCCCGUUCCCAAACCACGGGGCAGCGUAAGAAAGUUAGGGGUGAGUUUGUCACACACACACACAUUUAUAUUUUAUUCAUUUAGCAGAUGCUCUUAUCCAGAGCGACUUACAGGAGCAAUUAGGGUUAAGUGCCUUGCUCAAGGGCACAUCAACAUAUUUUUCACUUAGUCAGCUCGGGAUUCAAACCAGCGACCUUUCGGUAACUGGCCCCACGCUCUUAACCGCUAGGCCACCUGCCGACGCACGCACACACGAUUCUCUCAUUGGGAAUACAUUGUGAAAAUCUGCCAGUAGCAACACGCCAUUAGCAUUAAACCAUUAAGGGAUGGAUUGCUACUGAAUGAUAAUGUUACGAUCACACGGCUAGGACCAUUCAUUAGAAAUUACAAACAGAACGUGUGUUCACACACAAUCUCAUCCUGCCUUUAAUGGGAAUGGUGUGAUGUUUGCUUGGCAUGAAAACCACACAAAGACAAACACCUCAAAACCAACCUACCACACUGUCAUCAUGGCUGUGCUGAACAGUUAUGUACUGAUGUUAAUGUAGCGGAGGGGGGGUUGAUUCACCACAGCAUGGGCACAUCACUCAUCGCUCUCAUCGGUACACACACCUGAAAUCACACACACAUCUCUUGUUAGAAUCUGUCCCUACAUCCUGUUUCCCUCCGGUCUGUUUUUCUCCCUCCCACCUUCCCAUGAUUCUCUCUCUCUCUCUCUCUGUCUCUCUCUCUCUGUCUCUCUCUCUCUCUCUGUCUCUCUCUGUCUCUCGUUCUCUCUCUGCUCGUAUCUCUCCUCUGUUCUCUCUCUUCUCUGUCUUCUGCUCUCUCUCUGUCUAGCUCUGUCUCCUUUCCUCGCUGUCUCUGUCUCUCUCUCUGUCUCUCUACUCUGUCUCUCUCUGCUCUCUCUCUCUCUCUCUCUCUCUCUAUCUCUCUCUCUCUGUCUCGUCUCUGUCUCUAUCUCUAUCGCUGUCUCGUCUCUCUCUCGCUUGUUCUCUCUCUCUCGCUGUCUCUCUCUCCUCGAUGUCUAUCUCUCUUUCUAGCGGUCUCUCUCGAUGUGCUCUGUCUCUCUUCUCUCUCUUCUCGCUCUCUAAUCUCUUCUCUCUCUCUCUCUCUCUCUCUCUCUGUCUCUGUCUCUCUCUCUCUCGCUGUCUCUCUCUCUCUCGCUGUCUCUCUCUCUCUCGCUGUCUCUCUCGCUGUCUCUCUCUGUUGUCCAUUCACUUCCCCUGCGUCAAUGUCUCUCUGUAUGUGUCUCUGUCUCUCACUUCCUGGCUGUCCUGUCUGUCUCUCCCAGGACUCUCCUCCCCUGAUGGACUCCUGCUGUUACUGUCACACCUGCACCACCCACCGUCCCUCCCUCCUUCCUUCCUUCCGCUGCACCACUCUUUCCCUCUCUCCUCAUCCUUCUAUCAUCCACCCUUCCUACAUAAUUUUACGUGUUACUGCCUUGGCUUGAUCUAUCCCCCCAAUCACCUAUACAGUUCUCACAUGUUCUCUCCUCACCUUCGAUCCAUUCACAUUACUCAUUUAUCUCUCCUCUUCACACCUCAUUUUCUCUCUGUUUUUGUCUCAAUGGGGUUCCCAACCUGGAAUCAAAUUAUUAUUUUUUCUUUCAAAAUGUGAAAUUUUGAAACACCAUCAACUCUGUUGAUUACUGUGUUGUUCUUUACUAGACCCCUUGAUAGUUGUAAAACCUUUGGAAGCCCCCUAGUGGUAUGAACAUUCCAGGUUGGUAAACACACUUUUGAUUUGGUGAUGAUGAUGUGCUAUAGCUUUUCCCUCAGUGGUUCUUCUGUUCAUAUUUUCUUAAUCACACUUACUUAGUAUAAUGACUCACCAUGAUUUAUCUGAUUUCACAACGCUUUCAGAGAAAGGAAAUGAUGAUCUCAGAGUGACUAACGUAGCUCAGCACACCGAUUGCAUUUGUUGGCUCUCACCCUAAGUCUGACUUGUAUGCUGUCUCUGACCCCCCCUCUGUGUCCCUUACCCCUCCAGGUGGACCCGUUGGAGCUGGAGGUGGACUCCCAGUCCCAGGGCAGCGCCACGUGGCUGGUGGACCCCGUCCCCAAGGACUCCAAGAGGACCAUCAGCACUAAGUACGAGACCACCAUAUUCUGA